AUGGUUGCGACGAAGAGAUGCGCUUGGGGAACAUGUAAAAACGAUUCUCGCUACCCACAUUUGAUGGUUAAGAAUAAGAAUGGCCAUCCUGUAUAUUUCUAUCGGUUUCCAGCACCAAAAAGAUCACCAAAGAAGCGGUCGCGUUGGAUAACAGCCUGUCAUCGAGGCGAUAACUUUAUUUGUUCUAAAGACAGCUAUAUUUGCAGUUUGCAUUUUGUUGGCCAGAAUGGACCAACAGCAGAAAACCCCUAUCCCAUUUCAGCAACAGCAAGUGAACAACAGGUAAUCUUUGCUGUUAUCUUAAAAGUUUUCCAAAUCUCACUGAUGUAGUUUUAAAAAUAUGCUUAUUUUUGUUUAUACGAUAUGUACAUAGGUAAAGCGUCUUGAAAGAAAACGCAAACCAAGUGCAAGAAAGAAUUUAGAACCCACAAAGAAGCGAAGGAACAUGUUUGAAAAAGAUGUAGCACAUUCUAUGUUGAAUUUGUCCAAUCCCAUCCGACUACAAACGUCACAUAGUACAACAUCAGAGCAUCCCAAGCCUGUGGAGGAUUCAGUCGAUGCAUUAUCUAUUGCAGAAGUUCUUGCGACACUUGCCGAUAAAGUCAACUCAAACCAUAACCCUAGAAAGCCAAAAAUUGACAGCUCUGAACAAACUUUAAAUACAGAUGUUGAUGGUUAUUUCCCUGAAACUUCACCCACCAAAGAUAAGAUUGUCAACAGUGACGACUGUGAAUCGUCCACAAAAGAAAAUGCAACACAGGUAACUAUCUAAAUUGCAUAAUUAAUAGAGUAUAUUUCUCUUCAUAUUGCAUAAUGUAGUUUUCUAUAGGGCUAAGAUUGGUAAAGUGUGAAUAUUUAAGUACCUUGUUGGCAAAUUAUGAAAGGUAUAGUCAAACAGACAAAAUUCUAUUCUAUUUUAGACAAAAUUGUGUCUGAAAAGUGGAGGGGGUGGCCAGAAUUUACACUACCCCACUUUUUACCAGUAACCAAAAAUCAAUCACUAUCGAUCUUUUCCCAUAGCCAUCAAAAUCUUAGAAUUAAGUACUAAUUGUAUCUGUUAAUAGACAUUAUAGGAAUACAGCCUGUUUUAUAUUUGUGUUUUAUUACUAGACUUCAAUCUCUGCAAACGAUAUUGUAUCAUACACCACCCAAAUGCUACAAAACCCAAAAAUGCUUCACAGAAUUCUGUUUAUGUGACUAGUGGAAAAUAGGGAUAAAACUUGUCAUUAUACAGGUAAAAUAUAUUAUUAUAUGCUUACAGUUUAAAUUUAUUUAUUAUAAAGGAAGGCCCUGUUAAAAUUAGAACUAUAAUUAAUUAAUUAAUACAUUCACAUUGCAGGAUUGUCCAAAGAUUGUCUGGAUUUUAUAUUUGGUACAUUGAAAAGAAAAGCCAAGAGUUUGAUUAUGUGGAAAGGGUUCAAAAGAACAAGAAAGAAUUCGGGGAAAUUGACCAAGAAAUACAUCAAAGUAAGUAUAAUUAAAGAACAUAUUUUAAAGUUUUGUAAUGAACCAAGAAAGCCAAGUUACCAUUAGCCUGUGAGCAGACUCAACCCAAAUUUAUUAAAUGCCAAUUUGAGUUGACAUUUACAAAAUUCAAGUUGAUCUGCACCCUGGCUAGGGUGACACACAAAACCAAAGUUGGUGGUAGGCUUAGUAUGGUUUAUAAUUCAUAUAAUAUAAGUCAUGCAUGUAUUCAUAUAAGCAUAUUUUCUUUAGGCAAAACAAUUACAUACCAUUUUAAGUAUAAAAGAACAACUGGUAUUUACACUUGUCCGUUUGCGCCAUUGCCCAACUAUGGCUGUGCUAUGUGACUGGUUUGUCAUAUCUUGUGCUAGUGGAAGCAAGAUUUUUAUCACAUGGAUACUGUUCCUUGAAAAGGAAUUAAAAUUUGCAACUUUAUCCGAGAUGGAAGGAAUUUCCCGCCCAAAAUGUUAUGAAGAAAUGAAAAACCUUCGGGCAAUAAUUGACUGUACAGAACUCUACAUUGACAAACCUUCAAGGCCGUCAAGCCAGCGAAAUACCUACAGCCAAUACAAGUCAAGAAACACAUUCAAAGUGUUGGUGUCACAAUCCCUGUUAUGUCAUUUUAACUUUGUUUCUAAUGCUUAUUCUGGCAAUAAGUGAUAAAGAAAUAGUUCAGAAAUCUGGAUUUCUUGAUUAUUUGGAAGAAGGUGAUAUCGUAAUGGCUGAUAAGGGUUUCAACAUUCAAGACCUUUUAGCUAUCCAAGGUGUUCGUCUUGUAGCCCCACCAAUUAUGAGAAAAGACAAUGUAUCAGCUUGUGCUUCCACAUUAACCCGAAGAAUUGCUACCAAACGACUUCACAUUGAACGAAUGAUUCGAAAACUUAAGAGUUUUGCAAUCCUGAGAAAAUGUCUUCCUCUAACAUUCAAAGGGUAUAUAAGUUCAAUUGUUAAAGUGGUUUCAUCAUUGGUAAAUUUACAACCACCUAUCAUAAAAACCUAA